UCUCCGUUCCGCCCUUUCGGGAAGCAGAGGUCCUGUGGAGACCGAACGGAGGCCCGUGAAGGGGAAGGAAGCCCGCGGGGGCCUCUGGAGCGCUGGAGUGUAGGGCUGCGGCCCGGAAGAGCGGAGGAGAGAGGGUCCCCGCCGGCAGAGCCCGCUCGCGCUGGCCUCAGGGCUGGUCCCGAGGAGGGCCUGGGGCGGCCGCGCGAUGUUCGGGGCGCGGUGCCUGCUCCGAGCCCUGCGCUCCUGCUCCUCAGCUCCCUGCCCGAGGCACAGACCUGCAGCCAGAGUGAGCGUGCGGGGCGCUCUGGGGGUCCAGAACGCGAACGGGGAGCGCGUUAAGGUCCAGGGAUGGAUUCGUUCAGUCCGCUCCCAGAAGGAAGUCCUGUUCCUGCACGUAAAUGAUGGGUCAUCUUUGGAAAGCCUUCAGGUUGUAGCAGAUUCAAGCUUUGACAGUAGAGAACUGGCUUUUGGGAGUUCCGUGGAAGUUCAGGGACAAUUGGUAAAAAGCCCAUCCAAAAAGCAAAAUGUGGAACUGAAGGCAGAAAAAAUUGAAGUUGUUGGCAAUUGUGAUGCCAAGGCUUUCCCUGUUAAAUAUAAAGAGAGGCAUCCUCUGGAAUAUCUGAGACAAUAUCCUCACCUCAGGUGUAGGACUAAUGUUCUGGGUUCUGUACUGAGGGUUCGCAGUGAAGCCACAGCAGCUAUCCAUUCUUUCUUUAAGGACAGUGGCUUUGUGCAUAUUCAUACUCCAGUAAUCACAUCCAAUGACUGUGAGGGGGCUGGAGAACUGUUUCAAGUUGAACCUUCAAGCAAAAUAAAGGUGCCUGAGGAGAAUUUCUUCAAUAUUCCUGUGUUCUUAACUGUCUCAGGACAGCUUCAUCUUGAAGUGAUGUCAGGAGCUUUUACUCAAGUGUUUACCUUUGGUCCAACAUUCCGAGCAGAGAAUUCUCAGAGCCGGAGGCAUCUGGCAGAGUUCUAUAUGGUAGAAGCAGAGAUUUCUUUUCUGGAGAGCCUGCAAGAUCUCAUGCAGGUUAUGGAGAGCCUCUUCAAGACUACAGCAAUGACAGUUCUCUCAAAUUGUCCUAAAGAUGUUGAACUCUGUCACAAAUUCAUAGCUCCUGGCCAAAAGGACAGAUUAGAACAUAUGCUAAAAAACAACUUUCUAGUCAUUUCUUACACUGAGGCAGUGGAGAUCUUAAAGCAGGCAUCCCAGAACUUCACCUUCACUCCAGAGUGGGGUACUGAUCUACACACUGAACAUGAAAAAUACCUGGUGAAGCACUGUGGCGACAUACCAGUCUUUGUCAUUAAUUAUCCAUUAGCACUCAAGCCGUUCUACAUGAGGGAUAAUGAAGAUGGCCCUCAGCACACAGUUGCUGCUGUUGAUCUUCUGGUUCCUGGAGUUGGAGAACUCUUUGGAGGAAGCCUCAGAGAGGAACGAUACCAUUUCUUAGAACAGCGAUUGGCCAGAUUAGGACUGACAGAAGCCUACCAAUGGUAUCUGGACCUCCGUCGAUUUGGAUCUGUGCCACAUGGAGGUUUUGGGAUGGGAUUUGAACGCUAUCUGCAGUGCAUCUUAGGAAUUGACAAUAUCAAGGAUGUUAUCCCUUUUCCAAGAUUUACUCAUUCGUGUCUUUUGUAGCUGGAAGACUGACUAAGGAAAACCACCCUGUCCCAGAGGUAUUGCACAUAAAUAUGCAUAUAGGAGAACAAAAUUGCAAACGUUUUCGAUAUAUAAUUGUCAUGCCAGAAGAUGCCUGAAAAAUACAUGUGAUCAUGAUUUUCUUAGAAAGUUGAAGGCAUUUCUUGGAAACAUGAACUCUCAAUAGGUAUUUAUAGCAAAUAAAAUCUCAAAGCUGUUACGUCAAAUAAGAAAAAAGAAGAAAUUGAACUAGAUGGUCUCAAAGGUCCCUUCAAACUCUAGGGUGGGAUGACGUGUAUUUUCCUUUUUCUUUAAUCGUAGACCACUGCUCUCUGUGACCUUUGACAAGAAACUACUGGCUAAAAACAAAAUGCUAUUGGACCUUUUCUCCCUUGCCAUUUAACCUGUGAUAAAUUCCCAUCUUAUUCUCAGUGCUUUACUAAAGAAGAAAAUAUUCCUUUUUUUGAAUCUUGAGUUAAGAA